UUUUCUUUCAGUCAAAAGCUUGAAAGAAGGAAAGUUUUCAUACAACAAAAUCACGUGUUCACUAUAUAAAACAAUUUCAUAUAUGUCAUCGUAUCAGUGUCGAUAGUAUUUCCAUGAAUUCUACGAUUACUAUCGAAGACACCGACGAAGAGGUGAUAGAUUUGGACUCAAGCCAAGAUGCCAUCAAUGUUACUGAUAAUGAUCAAGGUGAAUGUUCGAUUGAAAAAAAUUCAUCAUCGAACAACGAUGCAAAUGAAACGAGCGUAACUAGUGAUUAUAUGGAUAAUAACAAAAAUGCAUCGAUAACACAAACUUGCGACAGUGCAAAUACGUUAAAACCAUUUUUGAAGGUUAUAUUUCGAGAUGAAAAUGUCUCACGGCAAUAUAAUAAAAAAAUAAAAGAGUUUCUAGAAGAAUUAAUAUCUUCCAAGAUUAAAAGUCAAGAAAAUGAUAAUGGUUUAACGUUAGAAUUUUGGGAUAAUGAUAUUGAUUCUAUGAAUCAAUCUAUUGAAAUUGCGACAGAAAGUGAAGAUAGUCAGGAUAUAAUAUGUGAUACUUUGUUCACAGUAGAUAAACAACCAAAACUUAAAGAUGAGUUUGAUGUUCCAACUUAUGGCAAGAAAUAUGAAAAUGUGUUUGAUAAAAUAAAAUUAGAAUCAGAUGCAAAACCAAAGGAUGACUGUUUAUCAAAGUUUAUGUGUUUUAAUUGUUUGGGAAAUCAUAAUUUACGAGAUUGUCCAGAACCACGAAAUUAUGCCAAAAUAGAAACAAAUCGAAAAAAUUUCCAUAUGAAAGGAUAUUCAAAAAGUGUUAGAUAUCACUUUGAAGAUAAUCAAAGAUUUGGUCAUAUAAUUCCUGGUCAAUUAAGUAACAAUUUACGUAGAGCACUAGGUCUUAGAGAUAAUGAAUUACCCAAACAUAUAUACAGGUAUAUAAUCUUUAUGGUUUUAGAAGCAUGUUUACAACACUCUGGUUUGUCCUUAUUUAAUUCCGAUGGUAUUGCUGAAAAAAACCCUAAUGAUAAACCAGAUACUAUUAUUGAAGAAGGAGACAGAGAUCAAUAUGACAUAAAAAAAAUAUAUGAUUUUCCUGGUUUUAAUGUACCAGCUCCACCUGGUACUCGUGAUGAACAUGGACAGUACUGGGUAUCAUCAAUGUUGACUGUUCAUAGUAAACAAAGAAUGUUACUAAAAUUAAGGGGGAAAAAGGCAGAUGAUGGAUACAAGAGAAAAAAACUCAACAUUUCUAAUAAUACAUCAGAAGAGACAGCACCAGAACCUACUGAAAUGCAAAUUGAAGAUGUUGAAGAAAGUGUAGUAGAUUAUGUAUCCACUAAUGGACUGUUUGUACCGCCAUUACCACGAGAAUCUCCUUUAAAACCACCGGAACCACCAUUAUCAACACAUAUAAUUUCUGAAGAUUCAGAUUAUCAUUCUCAAGAGUUGCAACUUUCUGAGUCACUGGAAGAUAGCAUAUUACCCUCUUCGCGUGCAAAUUCUCCGUCAUUAUCCGAAUUGGAAAACAUGAAAAAACAAUUGCUUGUAGAACUUCAGGAAACUAACUCAAAUUCAGAUGUUCUAUCAAAAAGCAAUUCUUCGAAUUUGAUGUUAAACUCUGAUAUGCCACCACCCAGUAAUGAAGUUACUCCAAAAUCAGACCGCAUUCGUCAAAAUGGAGUAAAUACAAGUCAAGGAAGUGUGAAAUCUAUUGAUUUAGGCACACCUGUAUUACAAAGUACAUCACCAUAUAGUAAAUUGCCACCAUCUGAAAAAUUUUCAAAGGAUAUUUGUAAUUUGAUAAAUUUUGAAAAUUUACCGGAUUCAACAGGUAAGUAUGAACAAAUGACUGAAGUCUUACAGAAAGUAAGAAAUACAUUAGCAAAACUUCAUGAAGAAUCGUCAUAA